UUUCUUCUAAAACAAAAUGAAUAAAUUGAACUGACGUCUAUCCACUCCAGGCCGAUCGAGCUCGUAAAGAUGAAACCUAUGCAAUCUAUCAAAUGCCCCCUCCACCUCUCAACCUUCCGGCCGGCCUCCACAAAUUUAUAAGGGGUUCGAAAACCAGUCAGCUAAUAAUGCGCUUCUGCUGCCACACUAAACAUAUUUAGAGAUUUAUUAAUUGUUAAAUUAUGAUGACGGCUGAUCCACUUAGGCGGCUCUCAUCCACGGCCAUGGCCGCCGCAGCUGUAUUCCUGACGGUGGCGGUAUGGGCAGAGUGCGGCGGCGGAGCGGUUACCCUGGAAGUCAGCAACCAGAGGAUCUUGCCGGAGAACUACCUCUACAUCUGGUGCUCCGAUGGUGUGAAGCGAGAGAAGGGCCAAAAAAUCCCGCCGAAGAAGGUCCUUCAGAUCCAGGUUGCCAGCGGUGGUGCCUGGAAGGGCGGCCAGCAGCUGCCAUAUAUUUGCACGGGGACCUACACCAAGUUCUACGGGAUGGAUGCGGCGCCGUAUUGCAUCUACAGUUCUCGUACUGCUGCUGGCGAUGUCCGGGUGAUGGCUAAUGAGACCAGCUUCUAUCGCUGGAAUGGCGAGAAGCGAGCUUGGGAUGUAAUCCGGCCGUCGCUUCCUUGAUCCAAUCCAACAACCUAUUGGGCUUUUUGUCAAUGCUUCUUUUGUGUGUUUUAUUUUUUGUUUUGGGCCAGUGCUUGGGUGCCAUUGUUCAUGGCUUCAUGCAGCAAUAAAGGUAUAUCCUAAAG